GCAGAAAGCAGCGCUGUGUUCGAUUGAGUCGAGUCACGUAGCCCGUUCGAUCCGGGACUAGUCGACUUCGAUGCCUUCUAGCUAGCUAAGCUGGAGAGAAGAGAGACGAUGACACGAUGACAACUUAUUUGAUUGCCGCCGCUGUUGCUGAGCCUUCUUCUCAUGAUCCUGGGCCCUCCUCAGACCUCAGACCAUUGUCAGGCUGACCACAGUUGGUCUAGUUGUUCAGGACGACCAAAGUAGCUACCGGUACUAUUGAGUUGUAUUUGAUUGUUAUCGUUCUCUGUUCUUCUUUGAAUCAAAAUGCCCAACGACAACGCCACUACCACGUCCUCUCCUGCCACCAUGGUGACUGCCAAACAAGAAGGGGCUCCUGCUGCGACUGGUGGCGCUCCCGAGGCCGCAGUGGACAAUUCAGCCGACGACUCGUCUCCUUCCGACGGCGACGACGAAGCUUCACCCGUGAAACUGUACAAAUCCAACCGCCUCAAGGGCUACAUUACUCUCAUUCUCGCCGGAAUCAUCAACUACACGGCGGCACGAAACAGUCAAAAAGUAGUCAACAAUCAUGCCGUGGCGGCUUCGGAUGGACAAAGGGCAUAUGCGGAAGCCGUCGCCAUUACCAGUGUCUUGAUGACAAGUGUUAUUUUCGUGGCGCACUUGGAUCGAUGGUCGCCACUCAAGAGUGUUUGGGAAAAAACAUUUGGAGAUGGUUCUGUCAUUGAGUUGCUCAUGAUUAUUUUUUUGGUUAUUUGGUGGACCAUUGCCACGUCCAUUGCCACAACUGUCAGAGGGAUUGCUGGAGAUGGAAAGGGACAAUACAAUCUAUAUUACAGCACUUGGUGCUGUUGUUGGACCAGUUAUUGGACUCUAGAGCGGUGGCUAGUGGCAUAUGGAUGGGCUUCUUUCAAGCAAUUCAUCUCCAGUUGGCCCUUUCGAGCUCCUGGGUGGAUCGCAGUUGGUAUCUUUAGCUUUCUCUGUCUCAUGUGGUACAUGGACUUGUAUUCCAAUCACGAAUCCGCAACCAGGGACGCUCCGCUCCUACAGCAGCAUUACCUGGAAAUCGGCGAUGGACAGUGGGAGUGGCUCUUGUUUGUGGGCUCCGCCACACUAGUACCAUCCCUCGUCUUUGUGAUAGUCGAACUGUUUCGGGAGACAUCCACAGACGCUACUUCCUCGAGCCUGCAUGGUGGAAGUACCAAAGCCACUCCCGACAAACGAUUCUCCGUGGCGGCGGCAGCCCAUCACCGCGUCAAUGCCGCCGUGGGAACCAGAAACUUUUCUCCCUCCCGAGAUUCGCCCAUUCGAUCUUCACGACAAUUUGUUCCUCAACGACAAAACCCCUUGCCCGACAAGGGAAACAGUACAGGUGGUAAGGGACCAUUGGAGAAUAUACUCGAAGGAUUCUGUCUUGUGUUACUGGUAUUGGCAUGGAUUCCAACUGUCAUCAUAUCAACCAGUCCUGGAGGGGCUGCUAGUUUGGUUGGGAAUGCCUACUUUUGCACUUGGAUCAAUACAGUGUUUAUUAUGGAGACGUUCAUAUGGUUUUUGCAUGAUUUACGAAAGGGAGUGCACUCUGCUUUGCAAGUCAAGGAGCGAGAGUAUCAAAAGCGACAACAGGAAGUAAUGCAGAAAUCGCGUGCCUUGGAAGGCAAACGAAUGGCGGCGGGGAGCUGGCAAAAUGAUGCAGUCGAUGAUAUUGAAUUGGAUGAAGUACAGCCCACACCCACCAUGCAAGCCGUCAUGCCGCCGCUGCCAACGCAUCCAGUCUUUGACCUCUCUAGCUCGCAGACGCCACCACCACAAGAAGAACGACUUGCUGCGACCAGCCCGAACGUGGCCAGUAACGACACGUAUCGUCGUGGCAAUGUGCGAUUGCGAGGUACCGAUUUGGACGAUGAUCUGGAUGAUGUGGGCGAAGAUGACUUGCCCGGCGAUGACGACAACAAUGAAAGGACUCCACGAGGAAGUACCGUGUUCUUUGAAGCAGACAUGGCGCCCUCGAAUCGUGACUUGGAGAACCCAAUGAAGUAGCCUGCCACACCCCUCCGAUACGCACAACAAUUUCAAGUUCCUCAAUGACAAACCUGUUGCUGGAAACAGUGCAUGUGGCAAAGGACCAUUGGCAAAAUUGCUUGAAUAAUUCUGCCAUGCAUUACUGGUAGUGGCAUGCAAGUAUGACUGUUAUCUAGGAUGCCACCUUCAUAAAUCAACCCUGCGCUUUCGACACUGCACUAGUUUUGGAUAUGCCUGCUGAUUCCCGAGAGGCGAAAUAGAACACUUUCCCCAACACAGUUGCAAAGUACUUUUAGGAAGAAUAAAGUCAAGGCUGUGUUUGCCCCCGUUGUGUGCGCUUCUUGCAGCGUUGUUCUGCCGUCUCCAAGGAUACUCCCAUCCAGAUGCCUUCUUCGUGCACGAAGUUCCCUUACCACCAAUCAGGAAGAACUCGAGCAUCGGGAUUGAUGCUUUGUAUGAAACUGUUCAUAUCCGCUCCUUGGACUACAGCAUCAAUCUCUUCCUGAGUAGGCACAGAAUCACCAUCUCCCUCAAAUAUAGUGUAAGCUGAAAAGCUCAGUGUUUGAAGAGUAAACGCUCCCUCCAAGUCGCUGUCCUUUGCAAUAUCCGUGACUGUGUAACUCUUAAAAACUUCUGACCC